AUGGGAAGGAGCUUUUGCUUCAAUGUCGUCGCGGCCAGCACGGUGCUCGGGAGCCUGCUGUGCGUCAUCCUCCUGGAGGGCCGGAUCAAGCAGCUCCUGAUGCCCGUGCACGAGGCUCUAGAAGGCAGCUGGUUCGCCAAGCUGAUGUUGCUGGUGCUGCUCAGCAAGGCCCCUGAGCCCAGCCCACUGGUCAUCCUCCUGGCCGUCCUCAUGGUCUGGACACCGCCGGAGAGCCUCUGGGUGAGCAUUGUGGAGUUUAUGCCAAAGAUGGCUGUACCACAGGUAGAUCCUACUGGACAAGGCGUCACGGUUGCCCUUGCAUUGUGGGCAGUGUUCGUCGUGACUUACUUCACGAACGGAACUCUGCUACUUGCAGUGGAAACGCUGUUCCCGCAGCUGGUUGGGGAUUACCGCAUUCAGACACUGAAGUCGUCAAGUAGACCGGCAAUGCCAGCUCUCUGGAGAAAUCUAGCGAUGACGAGCUUCCUUGUGUUGCCAGUAUUGCUGGCUUUGUUGAUUCCCUUGUGGCAGCGGCUGCGAGUGCCUGCUGCAUUGCCUGGACCGUGGGAGAUGUUUACGCACAUAGGGUUCGGUGUCAUUGUGAACGAGGUGCUGUUCUUCUAUGGCCAUUGGAUGAUGCAUGCCAACAAGUACUUGUACAGGAAUAUCCACAAGAUACACCAUGAGUUCAAGGCACCAAUGGGACUGGCGGCGAUCUACUGCCAUCCCGUAGAAUUCUUUGUUUCUGAUCUCAUGCCGCUUGGAGCCGGCCUAGUCGUUGUCCGGACGAAUGCCUUCACUGGUGUGGUUUGGAUGGCUUUCGCAGUUAUGGCAACACAGACACACCACUGUGGCAUCCGAUGGCCUUGGAUCGAUUUCUUCUCUUUUAACGCUGAGGCACAACCAAACUUCCACGAUUUUCAUCACGAAAAGUUCAACGUGAACUACGGCGCUAUGGGCUGGCUGGAUGAUUUGCACGGAACAUCCUGGGACUGGCCGAAAGACUUCUGGGGCAGACGAGGACGUCCAGAUCAUCCAGCUGCAGCGAAAGCUGCUUAG